CCUCCACAAGCCGCAGACGAACCCAGCAAACAACGUCUACGCACGUCUCAACCAGCAGUAAAAAAACAAUCGUGGAAAAUCGCUUUCUCAGAGCCAUCUUCCGGUGUCAUUGACAAAUUUUUCUUAGGUACGUGGGUCGCGGCGUGGUGCUGUUCGCGUGGUUCGACUGACCUUGCCCGCAAAGGCCACACCAGAUCGCACGAAUCGCGGGCAACACGAGCCACCGCCGCCCCAAACGCGAGACCCUUCAACCACGAACAACCACUGUGACAACGGCCACAGAUCCAGCUCCUCCACGAUAAUCCUCCCGAGGCGACGUCGCCCCGAGCUCCCCGGCUCCUGCCAGCCGUGGCAUGGUAACCUCUCCGCAGGGAGCGGGCAACCAUGUCGCGCCCCUCGCGGCUCGUCUGGUUCGGCAGACCUACCCCGUGCGGUAGCAAAACCACCAGCAUAAGCACCGCCAGCACUCCUUCGGGACGCCGACGUUCCAAGACCCUGGACCUGCGCGAGCUCGCCGUAGUCUUCGAGGACAUACCGACCUACCGCCGUUACAGGCCCGGCACCGGUCCGCGCCUGCUCCCGAUCAACCUCGUCCCAGUCCGCGACACAACGGCCUACAUCCGCGACGAGUUCUUCGUCCCGCCCGCCUUCUCCGUCGACGGCAAGAAGCGCUUGCAAUAUGUCGUGGGCUGGACCGACCUCCCCGCCGCCCGGCUCCAGGUCGACGCCGAGAGGAUAUGCGACUACGUCUCACCGAUGGCGUACGAGGAGUGGUGCGCCGCGCGGGCUGCUGAAAGAGACGAGGAAGAGCGCAGGAUCGAGGAGGAGGAGAACGUGCGCGCCGUAGCUGAGGCGGAGGCGAGGGAGAAGGGCAUCAUAUUGAACAAUGGGGUGAGGGGACGCAGAGGAACGAAGAGGAAGCAUCAGGGCGCGGUCGAGGCCAACACGCCGCCCGCAGCGACCGCGCCGGCGACUGGGGAGAAGAAGCCGCGGGGACGGCCUAGAAAGGGUGUGCCAUCGCUAUCGACGCCGUCCAAGAGCAUGAUACCGGAGGACUUUGACGGGCUGGAGACGGAAGGCGACAUCGAGAUGGAGAUCGACGAGGAGGCCGAAGAGAGGGCGAUAUUCCGGCAGCUGAACGGGGAGGAACCCAUGUCAGUCGAAGAAUCCUACGACUCUGGCGAGUUGAGCGCCGCGCGGGCACGAUCAGACCCUCCCGCGAAGAAGCGGCGCACGGGAUCGCCGAGGCCGCCGUUGUCACGGCUUCUAUCCAGCAUCGAGACGGACAGCAGCCGGAGCACGCCUUUCGACUCGUCCAGAGGAGCUACCAGCUCCCCGGCACUACCGCCGCUGCCCCAAAUGGCCUCCCGGCCGCGAGAGACCCCUAUCCUACCGCCGAUGCCUCCGGCGUCCGCCCACCAGACAUCCACGCCCACCGCCCCGCGCACAAAGACGCAACCACAAAAGCGGUCUCUCCUCUCGAUACGACACCCCCCGUCCACGCCCCAGGAACCGGCCCCAAGGCCCCAGACUCCGAUACCAAUACCUCCAACGAUGCCGCCACUGGCACCGGCGACCGCCCCACCGACACUCAAUCCGCCACCCAACGGCCUGGGGAUGACAUCCACUCCAGCCCGGCGACCCCUGAUCCAGAACACGACGCCGUGGACCAUCUCCCUGGCGACCUCCAGGAACCUCGCCAACCUCACGCCCUCGCAGCCGAUCCGGUCUAUAGAACAGGCCCCUUCCGCGACGCCGAUGGCGAACCCAGCGCCGCACGGCCAAAGUCCCGCCCUCAAAGGAAGCCUCUCGUUCUCCGCGCCGCCCGCUACUAACGCCGGCAGCGAACGAGCUAUCCUCAGGACCCUCCCGCCCACGAAAGACCAAGAAGAAGAGGAAGAAGACGAGGAGGAGGAAGAAGGCGUCUACGAAGUUCUCCGCCUCGAGGGCCAGCAACAGCGUGUCAUCCGCGGCAAGUCGGUGCGCUACUUCUUGGUCCGCUGGAAGGGCAACUGGCCCGCCGAGCAGAACCCGACCUGGGAGCCCGAGAGCAACAUCCCGCGCCAUCUCAUCCGGAACUACCUCCUCAAGAACCCGACGCCGCGGGCCCGCGGUGCCGGCGCGCUGUACCGGUACUUCGCCCCCUCGAUGCCGCGAAAGUACUCGUCCGUCUCGGAGGCGUUUGAGGGCGGCGAGGGCGGCGGCGACGGUAGUGGCGACGAGGACGAGGACGCGGUCGAGGAGGGCGACGCCGAGAAGGAGGACGGUGAUGAGAUGCUUCUCGUUACGGACGAGCCGCCUCAGGCCGUCAAGCCCACGCUUUCCUGGUGAGCGAGGCUUCUUGAUGAGAGAUGGAGAACGAGAAAGAAAGAAAAGGUAUGGGGAGCCUGGUUCGGCUCGAGGUUAUCCUUAUGAGACUGCGUGGUUUGGGAAUCCGGACAAGCGGGGUAGGAAACCAGUCACGGCGUUCUUUGCAGUGUCCUCUUUGAAGGUUACUGGGCUACUCUUGGACGAAGAGACCGUCGUGGUCUAGUUAGAGGGCACGUCACCUCGGAGCAGUCAUCUCCAGGUGUAUCUUGGGCCAGGCUGCAUCAAGAAUAGCAUAGUUUCGCAAACGAGCCGCAGUUGGACCCUUAGAAUCAGCUCAAGAAUACAGUAAAAAACAAAGGUCAAACAUCAC